AUGUUUAUACUCCCUAAGAUUAUCUUUAAUCUAUCCCUAAUACUUAGUCUACACGUCGCCCUCCUAGGUCUUAUCUUUACUAAUAAUACAUUCUUAGCUCCAAGUCUUAUAUUAGCUAAGAGGAUUAGCAAGCUGGAUAUCCCGCCUAGCUAUAAGCAGCUGCUCUUAUAUCUUAAGCCGGAGAUAGCUAAUAUCCCUAUUAAUACCUUUAUUAAGUACUACCUCCGCCGGAUAGUUACUGCUAAUACGCGAGCUAUUAUCUCUAGCUAUAAACCUUAG